CAUGCACGAGUAAAAUUUAAGAUCCCUUGUUCUGCGAUUUCAUUCGAGCCCACUCAUCAAGCUUAGUUUGCUGCCAUUUGAAAGCUAUUGAAAAGCCAUUAACUGGCAGGACUGCGAGAGCCGCAGUGCAGCAGCACACCUCAGUGCUGGGAGAAUGUGGCUGCAAGUGCACACCAAUUAAAUCUUUCUAUUCCUGGGGAUGUGGGAUUCGGAGCAGUGUCACUCAGUCGUGCUACAAUAGCACGUGCAGUAGUCGUGGCUCAAGACACACAGAGGUUUAUCGUAACUCCAGCAGCCGGGUGAGGAUGACCUGGAAGCCUCUGCAAGAUCCUGGAACGGAACCUGCAUUAAAUAAUGUAUUCUGAGGUACACUGGAUACCUGAGGAAGGGCUCUAAAUAAUGCAUUUCCUGGGCAUGACAGUUGUAGCAGAAGAGAAUGCUGAAACCUGUAGCAAGACUACAGCCUGAGAUGAAAGAAUGUCUCAUUACCAUUUUAUCAAAUGCUGCUGUUUCCAGCUAUGUAAUGUUUUUCGAUCUCAUGAGAUGGAAAUUGACCAGUGCUUGCUGGAGUCCCUCCCUCUCGGCCAGCGGCAGCGGCUGGUGAAGCGGAUGCGCUGUGAUCAAAUAAAGGCUUAUUAUGAACGAGAAAAAGCUUUCCAGAAACGGGAGGGUUACGUCAAAAAACUGAAACAUGGGAAGAAUCAUCGAGUUCGUUUCAAUCUUGCCGAUAUGAUACAGGAUGCAAUCAUACAUCAUGACGAUAAAGAAGUAUUACGACUAUUGAAGGAUGGUGCUGACCCUCACAUGCUUGUUUCCUCAGGAGGCUCCUUGCUCCAUCUGUGUGCUCGCUACGAUAAUGCCUUUGCUGCAGAAAUUCUAAUUGACAGAGGAGUAAAUGUAAAUCAUCAAGAUGAGGAUUUCUGGACAUCAAUGCAUGUAGCCUGUGCAUGUGAUAAUCCAGAUAUUGUCCUGCUGCUGCUGCUAGCUGGAGCGAAUGUACUGCUGCAAGAUGUUAAUGGAAACAUUGCACUUGAUUAUGCCAUAGAAGGGACUGAAUCCAGCAGCAUCCUUCUGAUGUACUUGGAAGAAAACGGUGUUGAGCUGAAUUCAUUGCGUCAAAUGAAGAUACAGAGACCUAUGACAAUGCUUACAGAUGUCCGACAGCUAAUAGCAAGUGGAGGAAGCGUGAAUCAAAAGAAUGAUGACGGAGUUACCCUGCUGCACGUGGCCUGUGCAAAUGGAUACAAGAAUGUUGCAUCUCUGAUACUGGAUCAUGGGGCUGAUCUCAAUGUAGUGGAUAAUCAGUACUGGACACCCCUACAUUUGGCUGCAAAGUAUGGACAGACCCACCUUGUGAAGCUGCUUUUGAUGCAUUGGGCAAAUCCCAAUCUUCUUAACUGCAAUAAUGAAAAACCUUCAGAUAUUGCAGCUUCUGAGUUUAUUGAGGAAAUGCUUUUGAAGGCUGAAAUUGUUUGGGAGGAAAAAAUGAAAGACCCUUUAUCUGUUCCUACUUUAUCUCAAGAAGAGCCUUAUGAAGAGAUCAUCCAUGAUCUGCCUGCACUUUCCAAUAAACUCAAUCCCCUGGCUUUACCGAUUGCCAAGCAAGACAGUUUGCUGGAGAAAGACACCAUGUUUAAAGAUGCAGCUAAAGGUUUAUGUAAGCAGCAGUCUCAAGACAGUGCAUCUGAAAACGUCACGGUGAACAGUACAGCCAAACUUGAACAGAUCAAGCUAAUGCCUCCAGCUCCAAAUGAUGACCUGGCUUCUCUGAGUGAGCUGACAGACAGCAGCCUACUUUAUGAGAUUCAGAAGCGUUUCAAUAAUAAUCAGAUAUAUACCUACGUUGGUGAUAUAUUGUUGCUUGUUAACCCAUUUAAGGAACUUCCUAUUUAUUCCACCAUGGUUACUCAGCUUUAUUUAAGCAACUCUGGAAAACUGUGUUCCUCACUUCCCCCACAUAUAUUUUCCUGUGCUGAAAGAGCUUACCACAUGCUAUUCCAGGAACAGCGUCCCCAGUGCUUUAUCCUCAGUGGAGAGAGUGGGUCUGGGAAGACCGAAGCCUGCAAACAGAUAGUGAAGCACCUCACUUGUAGAGCCAGCUCCAGCAGAAGUACUUUUGAUACAAAGAUAAAACAUGUAAACUGUGUCUUGGAAGCUUUUGGACAUGCUAAGACACCCCUGAAUGAUUUUUCUAGCUGUUUUAUAAAAUAUUUUGAGCUUCAGUUUUGUGAGAAGAAAAAAACAUUAAUUGCAGCUAGGAUUUAUACAUACAUGUUGGAGAAGUCUCGUGUCAUUAUGCAACCUCUCAACCAGAGUAAUUUUCAUGUUUUUUACUUGAUGAUGGAUGGUCUGUCUUCUGAAGAAAAAUACACGCUGUACCUCAGUAAUUUGUCUGCACACAGGUAUCUAAACCAGAAUGUGCUAGAAGAGACGAUGUUAACAGCCAACCCUCAAAACAGGGAGAAAUUAGCUGCACUAAGACAAGCUCUAAGUGCUAUGGGAUUCAAUAGCCUGGAGGUGGAGAACCUAUUUGUGAUUCUCUCAGCAAUUCUGCAUCUUGGAGACAUUCGUUUUACGGCUCUGACAGAUGCCGAGACAGCACUCGUGUCGGACCUGCAGCUGCUGGAGCAAGUGGCAGGGAUGCUGCAGGUUUCACCAGAUGAACUCGCUUCAGCCUUAACAACUGAUGUUCAGUAUUUUAAAGGAGACACGAUAGUACGGAGGCACACUAUAGAGAUUGCAGAAUUUUACCGGGAUCUCUUGGCAAAAUCUCUGUAUGGUCGUUUAUUUAGCUUUCUAGUCAACACAAUCAACUGCUACCUCCAAAAUCAAGAUGAGACUGGCAGUGACCAGAUAUUUGAAAUUGGAAUACUGGAUAUUUUUGGAUUUGAAGAAUUUCAAAAGAAUACUUUUGAACAGCUGUGUAUCAAUAUGACCAAUGAGAAGAUACACCAGUAUAUCAAUGAAGUACUUUUCCUACAAGAGCAAGCAGAAUGUGUACAAGAGGGAGUUACCAUGGAAACAGUAUAUUCUCCUGGAAACCAUACUGCAGCCUUGGAUUUUUUCUUUCAGAAACCAUCAGGCUUUUUGUCAGUGCUAGAUGAAGAAAGCCAAUCUAACUGGUCAGUGGAACAGAGUCUUUCUAAACGCAUUCAGUCCUACCUGGAUACAUCAGACACAAAUACAGUUUAUUCUUCCACAAAAGAUGGGAAUGGUAACCUUGCGCCAAAGGAUCAGGGCUCCACCUUCACCAUUAUGCAUUAUGCUGGGAGGGUUACUUACGAAAUUGCUGGUGCAGUAGAAAAAAAUAAAGAUUCCCUUUCACAAAAUCUCGUAUUUGUAAUGAAAACCAGUGAAAAUGUAGUCAUCAAUCAAUUGUUCCAGUCCAAGCUGACACAAACUGGAUCACUUGUUCCUCCAUAUCGUUCCCUUAAAAUCAAAGGGUGUAAAGCAGCUUUGUUGAGUAAAAAUACAACCAUAACCUCUGCAAGUGGAGAAGCAAAGAAAUACAUUGAGCUCAGCAAGCUUUUGAAAAAGAAAGGGACAUCCUCAUUUCUUCAGAGACUGGAGAGAGGGGGCCCAACAACUGUGGCAAUACAACUCAGGAAAUCACUCACAGAUAUUAUUGGGAAGCUGCAGAAUUGCACGCCCCAUUCAGUUCAUUGUAUAAAGCCUAAUAACUCCAAGUUGCCAGAUACUUUUGACAAUUUUUAUGUGUCUGCUCAACUGCAGUAUAUUGGUGUCCUAGACAUGGUCAAAAUCAUACGACACGGAUAUCCCAUACGCCUCUCUUUCACAGACUUCUUGUCAAGGUAUAAAGAUUUGGCUGAUACAGCAGCAGGAGAGAAGAAGUUGUCUGCCAAGGAGAGAUGUCGUCUUGUUCUUCAGCAGUGUAAAUUACAAGGCUGGCAGAUAGGAGUCCGAAAAGUGUUUCUUAAGUACUGGCAAGCUGACCAUCUCAACGAUUUGUGCCUUCAGCUUCAGAAGAAAAUUAUAACCUGCCAAAAAGUUGUAAGAGGAUUUCUAGCUCGCCAGCGCAUGCUACAGAAGAUGAGUAUCAAACAGCAAGAGGUUACCUCAAUCAAAAGCUUCUUGCAGAAUGCCGAGGAUAUGGGGCUGAAAACAUAUGAUGCCUUGGUCAUUCAAAAUGCUUCUGACAUUGCUCGGGAAAAUGACCGGAUCCGCAAUGAAAUGAAUGCAGCUUACCACAGGGAAAAGCUAGAGGCUAGAAACAGACCAGAGGAAGUCCACAAAAGAACCGAAGACAAGGGUGGGAAGGUCUCUGAGGAAAGCUUUGCUGGCUGUCGAACGCCUAAGCACUUUCACUCCAGCUCCGUCCCCGUCCCCAUGGCGGUGGACGGCUUGGUACAUUCUGCGGCUGGGUCAUCCAUCAGGUCCCCCUCCCUGCACUCUGUGUUCAGCAUGGAGGACAGCAGUAGCCUGCCGUCACCAAGGAAACAGCCUCCUCCCAAACCAAAGAGGGACCCCAACACACGGCUGAGCGCUUCCUACGAGGCUGUUAGUGCUUGCUUGUCGGCAGCUUCUAAGGAAACCGCCAGCGAAGUUCUGACCCGUCCAAGGCCACACAGUGAUGACUAUAGUACCAUGAAAAAAAUACCUCCCAGAAAACCAAAACGAAGUCCCAAUACAAAACUUAGUGGCUCUUACGAAGAAAUACCUGGCCAAAAGCCUAGGGAUGUGAAACAGGCAAACAUAGUCACCAAACCAGGUGGCUAUGACACUGUGUCAGUACAGAGAGCAGUAUCUGCUGAUGGACCACAGCAUGGUGUGUUGAGUCUCUACAUGUCACAAGAAGAGGAAGAAAAUGAGCCUGUCUAUAUUGAAAUGGUAGGGAAUGCAAUGAAAACCAGCUCUGCUGAAGCAGAUAGCCCAGAGCAAGGAGAGUCUGUAUAUGAAGAAAUGAAGUAUUUUCUACCAGAAGAAGGAAGCAAUGGUAAUGGAAUAAUUCCAGUAGCGACUGGAUCUCCUCCUCUGAUGUUUGAAAGCAAAAAAAAUGUUCACGGUGAAGCUGGAACAUUGGAUGAAAACAGUCAAGCAGCUGUAAACUAUAAAGACUCAUGUGACAUUCCAGCCCCUUUCCCAAACUUGCUCCCUCACAGGCCUCCACUUCUUGUAUUUCCUCCAACUCCUGUCACAUGUUCACCUGCUUCUGAUGAAUCACCGCUAACACCACUAGAAGUUAAAAAGCUUCCUGUCUUGGAAACCAAUCUAAAAUACCCUGUGCAGUCGGAAGGUUCAAGUCCAUUAUCACCACAGUACUCCAAAAGCCAGAAAGGGGAAAAUGAAAGACCAGCAUCUCCAGGCUUGGUUGUGUUCAAUGUUUCCAGCAAAGUGACUCCUCCUUCAACACCGCCUCCUCCUCUUCCACCACCCCCUCCUCCUGUACCACCUCCCGUUUCCUACCGGUCUUCCACACAUUUUGCAUUUCCUCCAGACCCUUGUGCUAGUUUUCUUAUUAAUACGGGGAAAACAGGUACAAACUCGGAUCUAACAAAAGUACCUCAGAGACCAAACCCUGCUCCGCUUGGAUGUUCAUCUUCUCCAUUCUCCAAACUGCCUUACUCUCCAAAGGUGGCAAGAGCAGAUCACAGAAAAUUGAACUCCAAUUCAUCAUCUUCAUUUCCGUACAGCCCUACAAACUCAAGGUCACUGACCAGUCCCCUUGAUGAGUUAACUAGCUUGUUCAACUCAGGACGGAGCGUGCUACGGAAAUCUGCAGCAGGACGUAAGAUCAGGGAACCAGAAGGUGCUGAAACUAAUCUAAACUUGAGGAGCAGGGAAGAUCCAAAUGCAUCAGAUACUGGAUCAGGAACCCAGGAUAAAAAUGCAAAUAACCAUGGAACUCAGUCAUCUAAUCCACUGUCCAGUUCUGUGACUGCUGAAAAUGGAAAUUCAGUAUCAAAUGGUUUACCAGAGGAAAAUGAAUAUUCAAGACUGUCAGCCAGCAGUACAGCAGGCUCAUCGAUUCAAAGACAUAGAGAGAGCCACACUACUCAGGUUAUUCAUCAGCUUAGACUUUCAGAGAAUGAGAGUGUGGCUCUGCAAGAGCUUCUGGAUUGGAGGAGAAAGCUGUGUGAAGAGAGAGAAGACUGGCCACAAAUCUUGCACAACACCGAGCAAAGAAUCACAGCCCCACCUCCACCCCCUUGUAAAAAACCAACGCUGUUAAAGAAGGUGGAGGAUACCUCCUGCAACAGACUGUCUUCAGGAAUAUGGGACACCACCAUCUGAUUUGGAUGUGUGUAUUUGCAGAAAGCAAGGAGUGAAACCAUCUAAUGACUUCAAUCUGCACAAUCAGCAAGUUUCCUUCCCUCCACAGAGCGUGCAGGGAUUUUUUACAAGCACUCAUUCAAGAGCACAGGAUAGAGGAGCUAUUUAGAUCUGUCAUGUGUGUGUGUACAUGUGUGUGUUUGUCUUUUUGCUAUAUACAUAUAUACACACACAUAUACAUAUUUGUGUGCAUCUGUGAGUAUAUAUAUGUCUGUGUGUAUAUAUAUAUGGAGACAAACUGCACUAUAAGUACUUAGUUUAAAAGUACAAGGCAGUCACUUAGAGCUCUCCCAUGGACAAUGAAGAAACUAUGUCAAGCAAAUGAUGACAGGGAGAAGUGACUGACAGGCAUUUUAGAGAGAUCAGGAAAGUCUGUGUGCACACUGUACAGCCGUUUUAUAUAGCAUAAAAAUAUGAUGUUUCUUGUUCCCUAAUGAAUGGUUUUAUUAUAUUACAUGUAUACAUAUAUAUAUUUCUUUGUAGAUGUCUGUGUUCUAUUGGAGUUGCAAACCCAAAGUUUAUUUACAUGUUUAUUACCGGUGUUUUAUAACUUUAUGCAAUUGGUGCUGUCGUUCUUUCUUCAAAAUACAGGUAAUAAAUUCAAUACUCACAUUUUUCUUUCAUAGUUUAUCUUUAACAACAUCCCAGACAGUUUCAACACUGUUGUUUGUUCAGAACUGGCAAAGUCCUUUCUGAAGUCCACUCCUGAAAUUCUUGCAAAGCCCUUAUUUGCAAGUGUUCUUUAAAGGUUUUCACACACAAGAAUUAGCAUGAAUUUCUUUUUGUGGACUUGUGUUUCUGAAUGGGUGGGCUGUGAAUUCUGUAGUUACAUCUCAAAUCCUAUUUCAUUCUGGGUUAUGUAAAAUAAUGAGGCACUCAUUUAAAUUAUAAGUAUGGUUUGAAAUUCACACCUGAUUAUGCAUAAGGUCAGGUGUCAGUGGAAAGAUACAUAAUGGUAAUGAGGUAUGGAAAUAGGGCUGUGAUUUACUUUUAAAAGCCAGAACUCUUCAUGGAGAUGGGUAUAUCAAACGAUUGUGGCCUUAUAGUGGUACAGUGAUGCAUUUAUACCUCAAAUUUCAUGUAAUUAAAUGGUUUCAGAAAUUGAAGCAUUCUACUUGGAGAACAUGAAUUCUGAGCAGGAAUGUUAAUUUAUGAAAAACAUGCUGCUGGAAACUUGUUAACUACUGCUCAGCAGUCUUUGAAAUACUGCUUUGCCACUAAAAGGAGUAAUUUAUAUACACAGGUAUUUUGUCAGAGGCCACUUAAAUUCUUGGAGUAUGUAGAACCAAUGUGAAACACUCUUGGCUGUUUGCCCCAUUCCUAUUUGGAUUCAGGAAAAAAGUGCUUGUAAUUUUGCAAGUGGAUGUAAAACUAAUAUUUUAAAAUGUAAGCAAGGUUUAUAGAAGUGAUCUCACCCUUGGUUAGAAGUUGUUGGGAAAGGAAAACAACCUGCAAAAAGCAAUCCUGUUCUUGUUUGUCUGUUUGUUUUUACAGGGGAAGCAGCACAACUCAAAUUAUUCCCAUGAGUAAUGUAGGCAAAAUUAAACACCUUCUCUUGGUGGAGAUUAAAACAGACAUUUUGAGUAGACAAGGAAGGGAGACAACAGGGUAACUCUUAAAUUAAUGAUGUGCUAAUUGGUCUCUGAUACUUAGGGGUAAAUACCACUCAGCACAGAAUUUUACCUUUCUACCACUCCUCUGUUGGCAGAAGUCCUCUCUGUAAGGCUACCCACUAUGGGUGGAUGGAGAAGCAGGGAUUCUGCCUUCAGCUGAUGUCAAUGGCCAGAUCAAAGGGCCACUGUGAGGUGGUGCAGGAAACAGCUCUCACCUGUUGAACAAUUAUGUCAGGAUGGGGCUUAACCUGGAAGAGUUGUGGUUUCUGCCUUUUUUUUUUCUCAGGUAACCAGGGACAUGCAGAAAUCCCUGUGUAAAAGCAGAAUGAGAAGGCUUGCAUUGGAUUCAAGUAAGCUAAUUAACCUGACGUUGCUACUUAUGGCUUCCAGGAUGCAAGUUGCUUUCUCUGUGUGGCCCUGCAUCACCAUAUGUAGCCAAAACAGCAUCUACCCACCUAGCUCAGAAAUCCUGACCUCCCUGCACUAGGACAAACACACGUGCCCGCAGGCUUAUUGCUCCUCAGACAGGUCUGUCAAAUAGCCCUCUCAUAAGCUCUACUACCACACUGCUAAAUCUAAUGUCCCCACUGGAUGGCUUGGUGACUGCUGGCAAUCAAUCCAGAGCAGCAUGGAGGUUUAGGACAAGUGGUAGAAACUGACUGAGAAGCUGGUUUAGAUCAUGUCAAGAUCCCUGCUACUGCAAAGAGCUUGCCACCAGUCACCGAGCCAGCUAUUUGCAAGGUAUCUCCAGACUACGCUAUUGUCAUUACUGCAUUUGUAACAUGGGAGUAUCCAGAGGGCAGAGAAUACAUUUGUCAAAUGGAGGUUAAAAUGGGAUUGUGCACAUCACGCUACUUGCAAUCCUUUCUAAAAGCUGUCUUAGAAGGGGGACCAGCUUCAGCUGCAGGAGCACAGGAGGGGUUUAAGGACUGCUACUCUUUCAAAGUGUGCAUUGUAUCUUGUUACAGCAGCGUGAGCCAAGUGUGGAAAAAGGUAGCUAGAUUUGCUAGCGGUUUCAUUGGUACAGUUGCACAGGACAAGCUGGUACAAACCUGAUGCAAGCAGCCUUGAUUCUCCAAACGGCAAAGCACAUCAUGACUCCCUGUGCAGAAGGCCUUUGUUCUCUUGCAAAUUUGGAUAAGGAAUGCAUUUUCCUGGGGGUUUUCCUUACAGCACAUAAUCACAGUGCAAUACAACAAAAUCAACAACAGAAGAUCAGAGACUUUUUUUAUUUAUUUUCAGUUUUGUUAUUAAUUUCAGGAUAUGUAAGAGCCAACUCUUUACAUGGGAGCAUUUUUCAGGAUGUUCAAUUAAAAUAUAAUACCUUAGGAAAAGUAUUUGUGUUAAAACAUGUUUAAAAUAUUUCUGUAAUGGCAGCAAGACACUCCAGAGUGUGACUUAUGAUGUCAUAACUCACACCUCGUGUGUUCAUUGGUCCCUUGGCCUUUGGCCUCAUGCCUAACAAUGCAGUUGGUAGGGAAUUAUUACACCAUAAUUCACACCCUACUGUGUCUUAUUGCUUAAAUAACCGUACCCCCAGAGGUGUCUUAAAACUACCAUUAAAGUUUAUAUUGUGUAUCAAAAUGUGUUUACAGGGCUGGGAAAAUAUACUAUUGACAUUUUGAAAUGUUGAGAAGUAGUUUUAGCAAACUGUACAGUGCUUGUAAAUUAAUCUCCCCAGUGGAGUAUGUGCCAGCCAAUUACGGUAUUUCUUGAGUAUACAAAGUCCUCUCCUGCACAUUAAAAAAUAGCUUAGGAAAAAAAAAAAAAAAAAAAAAGCCUUAUGAAUUUAAUAUUCUAAAGGGAAAGAUUAAACUCUAUGAACAUACUAAUGCCCUUAAUAUCCAAUGAGCAAUCUAAAAUGUAUUUAUAUUUGCAAUAAAGCAAUUUCAGGAAGCUGGGGUUAUCAUCAGAUAAUCACUCCUCCACAUUGUGCCUUAUUGCUUAAUUUUUAAUAUGUGAAAGAAACAAAACUUUUAACAAAUCAGCCUCUCAGUACAAGGUAAGAAGAAUCGGAUAGGUUUUACAUUAUAAAAUCCAAUGGAAUUCUAAAAUCAUAUUAAGACAUAAUAAAAU